AUCCUCCAACUCCGUCGUUGGGAGGAGUAAUUGUCCUUUAACCGUCCAAUCGAAGAGUAAUCAGUUGCAUAAUUACGUCUGCGACAAUAUGGUCAAAACCGUGUGCCUUUUCGACUUCUGCCUCCUCCUCCUCUUCUUCAAAAACCAACACAGUUUUCCUCCUCCAAUGAACUUAUCAAAACUUUGAUGGAAGUUGUUCAGCAAGACCACUUUGAUCGUCUCCCUGACGCUCUUCUUCUCCUUAUCUUCAACAAACUGCUUGACGUCAAACCACUUUCCCGCUGCCUUCUUGUUUGCAAGCGUUUCUCUAUUCUCAUCCCUCAAACCAACGCUCUCUUUGUCGCCAUUCCUCCUCGCAUUCCACCCUCAAAACCCCCAAAUGGCUUCUGUUUACCCUCCUUGAGAGUCUUCUUGUCCAAACCCUUCAAACCCUUUCGUCGACUCGUCGCUUCCAACUCUCCUUCAACCAGAAGAAUCUCCGCCGCUCACCAUUCUUUAAAUAAUGCGUUGAACAAGUUCCAACAUGUCAAAUCUAUUCACAUUCAGUUUCCCUUUUCCGGCAACGGGAUCGAUUUGGUGGGUGGCGAUUGUCUGAUGAAAUGGAAAGCAGAGUUCGGUGGACAGCUUAAAUCUUGCAUUAUACUCAGCGCCACUUCAUAUUUUCCUACAGAAGUAAAACAGUUACAAGAACAAGAAGAAGAGCGGUUUUUAACAGAUGAUGAGCUCAGAGUUCGAAUAAUAUGGACUAUUUCAUGCUUGAUUGCAGCGUCCGCUCGGCAUCAUUUCUUGAAGAAGAUUUUGUUGGACCAUCCGAGUCUUGAGAGUGUGUUGAUAACUGAUGAGAAGAAGCAAGGGAAGAUGAGCAUGGGGCGGGAAGAGCUGGCUGAGAUGAGGGGUUACAUAGGGUCGUUUUCGGCGUCCAAACUGCUGUCGUCGAUGGAGAGAACAAAAGUGCCUGACUUGAGCAUCACGCUGUGGUAUGCGCCGGAGUUGGAGUUACCGGUGUCAGGAUACAGGAUGAAAGGAGCUACAUUGGUGGUGAUUAGGCCUGUUGAUGACGGGGAGUUGAUGAGGAAGGGAUUGAGUGAUGGUGAAUUGAUGGGAAGUGGGUUUGAUGGAGAUCAUGGAGAAGAGAUUGUUUUUGCAGAAGCUGUUAAGGAGAUGAUGAAGAUGAAGAAGAGUUAUAUGAUGACAAUGAAUUCCUUUUAAGCUAGUUAUUGUAUCAUGUCUUGAAUGUUUUCACUUGUUUCAUUUAAUUUUUUUCUACUUUGUAAGCAAUCUUCACAAAGAUUUAGGCUUUGUAUUCAUGUAAUUAUGCUUAAUUGAUAGAUCAAUAGAAUUGAAACUGUUUUAUAUGCAUUCAA